CGCAAUUACCUUAUUUUCAUCUGUAACAUUAAGAUGGUUCUUCCUCCCAGGCUGCUUGUUCUUAUUUCUAAAAGAGAAAAGAUGGGGUUUCCUACAUGGCUGUUUGUUCUUAUUUCUGCAUGCGUGAUCACAUGUUACUUAAAGUCUGUAUCAGGAGAAACGAGGUGCAUAGAGCGGGAGAGGGAGGCACUUCUAAAGUUGAAGGAAGGCUUCACAGAUAAGGAUGGCAGUAUGUUGUCAACGUGGGGAAGUGAGGGCGACAAAAGGGAAUGUUGCCAAUGGGAGCACGUUGUGUGUGACAACAUCACAGGUCAAGUGACUGCCCUCCAACUUGGGGGUGGUUACAGGUUUCUAACGGAAGACGAUUAUUAUAGCUACAAAUUGGGAGGCAUGAUUAGUUCUGCCUUGCUCGAAUUGCAUCAUUUGAAUCAUUUAGAUCUGCGUUCCAAUGAUUUUGGAGGGACUAGAAUUCCCGAAUUCAUCGGCUCCAUUGCAGCCUUACAACUGUUGGAUCUCAGUUAUUCCAACUUUUCUGGGGUGGUUCCUCCUCAACUAGGGAACCUUACGCAGUUGCACACACUCGACCUUGGAGGCAACCCUGGCAUUCGGUCGGGAAACCUGUAUUGGCUUUCUCAUCUAUCAUCGUUGUCUCAUCUUAAUUUGGAUCACAUGAACACAAGCGAAGAUGCCAACUGGCUUUGGCUACACCAUGUGCUAAGCCUUCCCUCUCUUCAUACAUUGUCCAUGGCAAGUUGUGGGAUCACAGACUUCACAUUCGACCGAGGUCUCUCCCAUGUCAACUCUUCGACCUCAUCAUUGAUUUCUUCCAUUAAUCUCUCAUCAAACAACCUCACUUCUUCCACCACAUUACAAUGGUUGUUCUUAAACACAAGUGCAAGUCUUGCUCAUAUAGACCUGUCAGGAAAUCAGUUUAGUGGUCCAAUCCCAGAUGCGUUCGAGAAGCUGGUUUUUCUAGAGACUCUUGAUCUCCGUGACAACAUGUUUGAAGGACGGAUCCCAAAGUCUCUAGGGAACUUAAGUUUGGUAGACUUGGACCUGUCCCAUAAUGCCAUGGGGGGACCUCUUGAGGAAUUAUUCGCUCCAGCCUGCAGCAAACUGAUGGCAUCACUGUAUUUUUUACAUUUAUCGCAUAAUAACUUCACAGGGUCAGUGCUAAACAUAAGGAAGUUUCCGGCAUUGACGCAGUUGUUCCUCAACAACAAUAAACUCACAACCAUAGGGACUCCCACCGUCGGUCUUUCCAAGCUUCAAUACCUUGAUGUUUCGCAUAAUUCAUUACAAGGAACAGUCUCGGAAACCUACUUCAUUGGCCUUAGCAGCUUAAGAUACCUAUAUUUAUCAUUUAAUAGAUUGAAGUUGGAGUUCAGCAAAAACUGGAUCCCGUCUUUCAAGUUGAGUGUUAUAGACUUAGCAAACUGCAAAAUCGGCCCUUCUUUCCCUGAAUGGCUUCAGACACAAAGGGGGUAUGUUGAUAAUCUGGACAUUUCUAAUGCUGGUAUAUCUGAUGAAGCGCCUCAAUGGCUAUGGAAUAUGUCUCUGAGAUCCUUGAACCUGUCCCAUAAUCAGAUUACUGGCACAAUCCCGGAUCUGUCGUCCACUUCCAUCAGGAUUGUUGAUGCUAGUAAUAAUAACUUAUCAGGGACUGUACCAUCAAUUGGUCCGCUCAUUUGGAUUUUUCAACUCUCCCAAAAUAUGUUUUCCGGGACCAUUGCGUCCUUAUGCCGGUAUGCCUAUUGCAGGAUUUCAUGGCUUGACCUCUCUAAUAACCAGUUGACAGGAACGCUCCCCAGCGACUUUAGGAACAUGAACGCGUUGGAGAUUCUCAAUGUGAAUUACAACAACCUUUCUGGUGAAAUACACUCUCUGGGCUCUCUAUCAAAGCUUAAAACGUUACACUUGCGUGCAAAUGGCUUCUUCGGGGAGUUACCUUCGACUCUGCAGGGAUGUCCACUUCUGCAACAGAUUGACAUUGGGGGGAACAAAUUAACAGGAGCAAUUCCACCAUGGUUGGGGGAAAAGUAUACAGACUUGGCAUUUCUAAGCCUGCGUCAAAACAGAUUUUACGGUGGUAUUCCUCCAGAAAUAUGUGACCUCACUCAGAUUCAAGUGUUGGAUCUUUCUAGAAACAAUUUGAUAGGAAAGAUUCCGGAAUGCUUUGACAGAUUUACUGCACUGGUUGACAAGAACAAAACAACUACCACCAGGAUUUAUGUCCCGAUCGUAGCUACUGAAGGUUACAUUGACUAUGGAUUUGUUCAGUGGAAAGGACAAGAGUCAAUGUACACAAAUACUCUAGGACUCCUUAAACUUAUUGAUCUUUCGAGCAAUCGACUAAUCGGAAGCAUACCCGAAUCGUUCUCAAGACUGAAAGGAUUAAUUUCCUUGAACCUGUCGAGAAAUAGUUUGACAGGGAGAAUCAUUCGAGGCAUUGGUAACAUGGAUAUGCUCGAAGCUGUUGAUCUAUCAAGAAACCAACUCUCAGGUGAAAUACCACUUGGCUUGGGACAAUUACAUUUUCUGGCAGUUCUUGUCUUGGUCAAUAAUAAUUUGACUGGAGAAAUCCCGCCCACUCCUACACUACAAGGCUUUGAUCCAUCUUUUUAUGCUGGGAAUGUUGGGCUUUGUGGGCUUCCUCUAUUGCUGUGCCCUCAAGAUAGCCUUGCACCGUCAUCCCACAAUAACAACGAAGAAACAGAUGAUGGCCUGUCUUUUAUGCAAGACUUUGCCAUAUCAAUGGCGUUCGGGUUCAUUUUUGGAUUCUGGGCAGUUGUUGGUCCUUUGUUACUCAAGAGAUCUUGGAGAAUAGCAUUCUUUAAUUUUUGGAAUGUUGUAGGAGAUUGGUUGUAUGUAACUAUAGCUGUGUUCUUCAAAAACAUUACACGAGGUCGUUAACUUUAUAUGAGUACACAUUACUUGUUCCAGUUUCUUUUGGUAGAAGUUUUUUAUUACUUGCUCUACUUUUCCUUUUUGAGGAUUUUAUAUGUAUCAAAAUGCAGAAUGUAUGAAAGGACAUGAUUGCUCUUAGUUUUC